UUGCUCAUAUUUUACCCGUUUUGUUGACUAUCAAAUGAGGGAAUAUAAGCUAGUCGUACUGGGGAGUGGGGGAGUUGGCAAAAGUGCUCUCACUGUUCAGUUUGUCCAAGGAAUAUUUAUUGAAAAAUAUGACCCCACGAUAGAGGACAGUUACCGUAAGCAAGUAGAAGUCGAUGGCCAGCAGUGUAUGCUUGAAAUAUUAGACACAGCUGGAACUGAACAAUUUACUGCAAUGAGGGAUUUGUACAUGAAAAAUGGUCAAGGUUUUCUACUGGUUUACUCGAUUAAUUCCCAGUCUUCCUUCAAUGACCUCGUUGAUUUAAGAGAACAGAUAUUGAGAGUUAAAGACACAGAUGAGCUACCUAUGGUACUUGUCGGAAACAAAUGUGAUCUUGAAGAUGAGAGGAGUGUUGGGAAAGAGCAAGGCCAAAACUUAGCUCGACACUGGGGCUGUGCUUACCUCGAAACCAGUGCUAAGGCAAAAAUAAAUGUACACGAGGGUAUUAGUCAUAGUUGGUUUUCUUUAUGA